GGUUGGUGUGUGAAUGUUAUCUUCGGCAAGCGUCAGGCAGGACGAACAGCUGUGUUAGGGGAAGUCGGACUUUUCUCCGUUGCUUUUAAUUCGGCGCGCGUUAUCUGGCACACGGAGGGUAAAGGUCACAGGGAACUCCUGCGCAUCGGUCUCAAAGCACUUUGUCCAGACGGGGAUCCGGCUAGUCGGUGGGCUUAGGUGCUUGGCUGGUGACGUCAGCCGGUGUAGGUUAGCCCCUUCCUCCGCGCUGCGCUCGCCCUGUCUCCGAGUCAUGCUGCCGAAGAGUCCGCGGAAAGUGUCCAACCACACCACGGAGGAGCCUGUCAGUCAGGGCGGACAUGAAUUUCAAGAUGCCGAUUUCGUGUCCUUGUGUGAGAAAUUAAGAAUAUCUGAUCAUGUGAAGAGAAGAGCCUGGCAUACGUAUGAGAAAUUGUUCGCCUCUGGCUGUGUCUUGCGGGACUCCAUAAUGAAAAUAGAAUCGUUUGGCCUCUGUCUCUUCAUUGCUUCAGUCGAUUGUGAUGAAAUGACGUUUACAUUUACAGAACUCUUGAAGGCUGUAAAUAUGAGCGUUAAUAAAUGUUUUCGAAUGCUAAGAGAAAUGGAUGACAACUUGGACAAUCUCAGCACCAAAGUAGACAAUGCCGUAUCAAAGUUGAAGACAAAAUAUGAUACAAUGUGUCUCUUAUACCAGAAGUUUCAAAGGACUUUUGGCUUAAUAUUUGUGGAACCCCCUGGUGAUAGGGCUGACUCAGACACUCCUUCCAUUCUGAAAACGUCUUGGGUAACAUUCAUUUUAGCAAAAGGAAGAGUAUUACAGAUGGAUGAUGACUUGGUGAUCUCUUGGCAGCUAUUGCUUUGUGUCCUGGAAUAUAUAAUGAAGCGAACGCCUCUAGAAGCACUCAAGGAACCAUAUAAGAGCACCGUGAAUGGACUGUCUGUUGGAGUACCGACCCGCGCUUCCCGGCGUGGUCAGAACAGGAAUAGAAGCGUGUCACGGCAGUCUGAGACGGACACAAGAGUCAUAGAGGUUCUUUGUAAGGAAAAUGAAUGUCCUGUUGAUGAGGUGAAAAAUGUCUAUGCCUCAAGUUUUGUCAGCUUCUUGGAUUCUGUUGGAGUUCCUAUGACUGAUGGACUUCCUCAGUUUGAAGUUAUGUCAAGGCUGUAUGAAGAACAAUAUAAUAGAAAUAAAGAUUUUGAUGCAAGGCUGUUUCUGGAAAAUGAUGAAACUCUGAGAGUGGACGUCCAAGACAGUUUGGAACAGGAGAAAACGCCAAAGAAAACCGAUCUGGAGGACGUUCCCCUGAUUCCACCGCAAACGCCAGUCAGAGCUGUGAUGAACACAAUCCACCAACUUAUGGUUGUUUUACACUCUACAAGUGAUGAACCAUCUGACAUUCUCAAGUCAUACUUUAAUAACUGUACAGUGAACCCAAAGGAAGAUAUUUUGAAAAGGCUGGAACGUCUUGGCUGUGUCUUUAAAGAAAGGUUUGCUGCAUCUAUUGGGCAAGCUUGUGCAGAAAUUGGCUAUCAGAGGUAUAAAGUUGGAGUGCGCUUGUAUUACAGAGUCAUGGAGGCCAUUCUGAAAUCGGAAGAAGAGCGCUUGUCAGUUCAAAAUUUCAGCAAACUGUUGAACAACGACAUUUUCCAUACGUGUCUUUUGGCCUGUGCUGUGGAAGUGGUUAUGGCUACCUAUGGAAGAAAUGUUUCUCAGAAACAGUCAAAUCCAGUAACAGAUCUGUCUUUUCCAUGGAUUCUCCAUGUGUUUGACCUGAAAGCUUUUGACUUUUAUAAAGUAAUUGAAAGCUUUAUAAAAGCUGAACCAAGCCUAUCAAGAGAUGCGAUCAAACACCUUGAGCGAUGUGAGCAUCGUAUCAUGGAGUGCUUGGCCUGGCAGUCUGAUUCUCCCCUGUUUGAUCUCAUCAGGCAAACAAAAGAACGAGAGGGAUCGGUAGACCAUCCUGAGGUGGCAUCUACAUUACAACAGCCGUUGCAGCACAAUCAUACAGCAGCAGACCUGUAUCUUUCCCCGUCAAGACCAUCUAAUCCGUGUCCUACAGCUGUUACAAAUACUCCAUCGCACUCCAUUAAUGAUGUUACUACACCUCAGCAGAAAUCUACCUCGCUUUCUCUGUUUUACAGAAAAGUUUACCGGCUUGCAUACCUAAGACUCCAAAGCCUGUGUUCCAGUCUCCUCUCUGAGCACUCUGAAUUGGAGCAGGUGAUCUGGACGCUUUUCCAACAUACCUUGCAGCAUGAAUAUGAACUUAUGAGAGACAGACAUUUAGACCAGAUUAUGAUGUGUGCAAUGUAUGGCAUUUGUAAAGCAAAGAAUAUCGAUCUGCGAUUUAAGACAAUUGUUUCAGCAUAUAAGCAGCUCACCAACACUCAUCAAGAGACCUUUAAGCAUGUAUUGGUUCGAGAAGGGAAACACGACUCGAUAAUAGUCUUUUACAACCUGGUCUUCAUGUUGAAAUUGAAAAGUGUCAUUCUGCAAUAUGCGUCAAACAGGCCACCUCCUUUGUCACCCAUACCACCCAUUCCACAAAGCCCUUACAGAUUUGCAAAUUCCCCGUUAAGAGUGCCUGGUGGAAAUAACAUAUACGUUUCCCCCUUAAAAAGCCCAUAUAAAGCAUCAGAAGGAAUUCUUUCUCCAACCAAGAUGACCCCAGGGUCAAGAAUCCUUGUGUCCAUCGGUGAGACAUUUGGGUCUCCUGACAAGUUUCAAAAAAUAAACCAAAUGGUAAGGAGCAGCGAGCGUCCCCUUAAAAGAAGCACUGAUGAUGGCAUGGCGCCUAAACCGCUCAAGAAACUGCGUUUUGAUACGGAUGGCCAAGAUGAAGCAGAUGGAAGUAAACAUAAUCCCGGAGAGUCUAAAUUUCAGCAGAAGCUUGCGGAAAUGACAUCUACAAGAACAAGAAUGCAGAAGCAGAAAUUAGAGGGUUCCAUGGACUUUGCCAAGACUGAAGAAAAGUGAAAUGUUUUUCUAACCUUUAUUCAGUGACAGACAGCUAUCUCCAUUCUUCCUUUUAACUGGUUAGCUUGUAAGC